UACUUUUUUUCGCCCGGAGGAUUUGGGAUUUGGGAAGUCUAAGUAAAUUGAGCUCUUAUUUAUUUUUUGAUAAUUAAUCAAAAUAAUGAAUGAAAAUAUUAAAAUAACAGAAUUGUAAUACAGAUUAAGAAAAAACCAAUAAAAAAAAACAAAUCAUGGCAAUUUUGGGCGCUCAGCUGGUCUUAACUCUUGUGAUGGUUAGUGUAAUUCAAAAAUUCACACCACACUUCUCAUUUGCUAAAUGGGUUCUCUGCUCGACGGGCUUGUAUCGAUACCUUCAUCCAACGGAUGCAGAACUCAGAACUCGAGCUGGAGUUCCAAAAGAAAAACCUACCAAAUCAAAGGGCAAUCACCAUAAACAGAGUGCCACGGAAAAGAGUGCACCGACAUUUUUGGUUCCACGAGCAGUUGAUAUCCAAUUGGAAACUGCUCCAGUUACUCCAAGCGACGUUGUUUACUUGAGAUAUUUCACGGAGUAUCAAUGGUUGUUGGAUUUUAGUUUAUACGCCGGAAGUGUCUACGUUAUUUCUGAGAUUUAUCACUAUUACUUGCCUUUGAAGGGAGAGGUUAACUUGAGCAUGGUCUGGUGCCUUCUUGUUGUUUUCUUUGCUUUCAAACUUCUGACUUCCUUGACAGUACUUUACUUCCAAACUGAUGAGUCUAUAGGUGAGCGCUCGAUGUGCAUUGUGGCCGCACUUGUGUAUCUUCUUGUUGCAAUGGUUGUUCUAAUUGUCGAUGAGAGUAUGUUGGAAACCGGGUUAGAAGAUGCUUAUUCCAGCUUCAACCACAGUGCUUCGAGGUUCCUCACCGAACAAGGUCUUCCUUCUUCCGGUCCUGCUUCGAAAAUCGUCGUGAAGUUCUUUAUUGCACUUGGAUGUGGCAUUUUGGGAGCUCUUUUUACCUUCCCCGGACUUCGAAUGGCAAGAAUGCAUUGGGACUCAUUAAAAUUAUGUAAAGAAAAUCGAAUGAUGCAGAUUCUCUUGAACAUCAGUUUUAUUUUACCCUUCAUACUAGUCAUACUUUGGAUCCGUCCCAUUAGUCGAAACUAUUUGACCGUGCGCGUGUUUGAGGGAAUGGACAAACCAUUACUUCAGCCUGAAGCUUUUGAGACAAUUCGUCUCCUUCUCGUAGUCUUGACGGUGCUCCUUCGAUUCGCUCUAAUGCCUAUUUACCUGCAAUCUUAUCUUAACAUUGCCCAUGACAGAAUAGAGGACCUACGUACCGAAGCUGGUCGUAUAACGAAUCUGGAAUACCAAAAGAAGGUCUCAUCGAUUUUCUACUAUCUUUGUGUUGUGACUUUGCAAUUCGCCGCACCAUUAAUCAUAUGCUUAUUCCUAACACUCAUGUACAAAAGUCUGGGUGGGUUCAGCUGGACCGGUUUAUUCUUUGACAAUUCCCUACAAGGCGAAUGCCCUGAUGAGGAUCCAGGAAAAACGGCAGCCCAAAGGAUCUUUGAGCAAAUUGACGGCAGCGGUCAAGGAGAAGAUAACCAGUUCAAUAUUAUGGAGUCAGCACAAAAUAUGCAAAUUUCUUGGACAAGCCUUAAAAGCGUUUUUACGACUGAAGUUUUCAAGGGAUUUUUGGGCUUCGCAACGUGGUGGAGUUACUUUACGCUCUUUGCCACAUCUUCCCUCGGCAUCUUGUACCAAUCUUACUUCACAAAGACAUAAGAAUCUGUAUCUGUAAUUUUUUAAGCUAAAACAACACCAAAUAAAAUGAAAGCAAUGAGUAGAGAGAA